CUUCCUGAUAAACCAAGGCUUCCUCACUGAUUGGUCUCAGUUUGGGAAAGGACGUGACAUCAGCAACUUUGCAGACUUGGGGCUUGGGGGGCCGCUGUGAGCUUUGGCCAACCUCCAGCCAGCUAGGUGGAGCGUGCAUGCGUGCAUGUGUGUGUAUGUGUGUGUGUGUGUGUCUGGGCGCGUGCGUCUGACCACAGGUAGUGUGCUCAGAUUACCCUGCCUGUUCUGUUCUCUGCUGUUCUCUGCCGUCUGACCAGGACGGUGCGGCUCAACCAGCCACAGCACUGGAAUUCCCAGGAGCAGGGGGAGCCUGGAAUUUGGACUCUCCUGAGCAACUGAAGCGGAGCACGGAGCUGUCCCGGCCCAGGAGAGCACCAUGGACGGCGAACCGGGGGGCAGGAACAGCAAGUCCCUGAGGCCAGGAGACCCUCCUGACACCAGGCUCCUUUCAAACCCGUGGAUGGGGGGUGUUGUGUCUGAUUGGUCUCCUGUGCACGAAGCUGCCAUCCACGGACGUCUGCUCUCUCUGAGGAACCUCAUCAGCCAGGGGUGGCCCGUGAACCUCAUCACGGCAGAUCGUGUGUCCCCACUCCAUGAGGCCUGUCUCGGAGGUCAUCCCUCUUGUGCCAACAUUUUAUUAAAGCACGGAGCUCAGGUGAAUGGCAUCACUACAGACCGGCACACCCCCUUGUUUAAUGCGUGCGUCAGCGGCAGCCAGGACUGUGUGAAUUUGCUUCUGCAGCAUGGGGCCAGCCCCCACCCUGCGAGCGACCUGGCGUCCCCCAUCCACGAAGCGGCUAAGAGAGGCCACGUGGCGUGCGUGGAGACCCUUGCGGCUCACGGGGGCGAUGUGGACCAUAACAUCAGCCACCUGGGCACGCCGCUGUAUUUGGCUUGUGAAAACCGGCAGGUAGCCUGUGCCAAGAAGCUUCUGGAGUCAGGAGCCAGCGUGAACCAAGGCCGCGGUCUGGAUUCCCCUCUUCACGCGGUGGCCAGGGCGUCCAGUGGGGAGCUGGCACUGCUGCUCAUGGACUUCGGAGCAGACACCCAGGCCAAGAACGCCAAAGGCAAACGUCCCUCGGAGUUGGUGCCUCCAGAGAGCCCUCUGACACAGCUUUUCUUGCAGAGAGAAGGGCCCCCUUCCUUGCUGCAGCUCUGCCGCCUUAGAAUCCGGAAGUGUUUCAGGACCCAGCAGCAUCACAAGAUCAACGGACUCGUCCUCCCUGAGGAGCUGAAACGGUUUCUCCUUCAUAUGUAAAUGUGUCCAGGGACCCGAGUCCCAAGGGCCCACAGAGAUUCCCGAGUGUUGUGGCCCCUGGCAGUUUGCAAUAAAGUCAGGUUUAUAGAGCUUGGCCGGUUUUGUCAAUUAGAUUUUUAUUUUCGACAGAAACACACUGGGUACUUUCGUACUAUUAGUUGGGAGGCGUAGGAGGCCUUUCCACCUCCCUCCCCCCCAGAAGAGGGUGGUGAAAAUCCCAACUCUUGUUUGAACCUCUUGUGAGCCAGGACCAGCAUAAGCAGCGGCCCUGCCAGUUAAGUACCGUUCCCUCCCCUUCUCCAGGUGAGCCCUGGAGACUCUGGGAGGUCAGUUUGUCUAGUUCCUCCCAGUGAGUUCAGGGAAGCCAGAUUCCAGGACGGGUUUUCUGAGGCUCACCUGGGGAUUUCUGCGUGAGGCCGAGUUUUCAGACGUGACUCUCUGGGCACCAUCUGUUAUGUGGGAAGGAGGAUAAAGAAGAAAGGGAUUUCUUUUCUACAUCUGACUUUUUUUUUUUUAAGCUUUCCCAUUCUUAUGACAAUGUAGGCACCAUUUCUUUUUCUCAAUGAAAAUGUCAUAUACAUGUUAGGCAUGUUCUAGAACUGUGCUGUCCACUACAGUAGCUACUAGCCUGGAGGUUCUCAACCAGGGGUGAUUUUGCCCCCUACGGGGCAUUUCUGGGCCAAUGAUUGGAGACUUUUUUGGUUGUCACAACUUUGCGGGGUUGAGGGGUUUGGGGGUACUCUUGGCAUCUAGUGGGUAGGGGCCAGGACUGUUACUAAAGCAGCCUGCCGUGCACGGGACAGGCCACCACCACAAAGAACGAUGGCAGUCCAAAAUGCAAGUAGUGCCCAGGUUGAGAAACACUACACUAGCCAUCUGUGGUUGGCUAUUUCUAAAAAUGUAAAUUAAUUAAAAUUGGAUAAAAUUAAUCCAGUUCCUCAGUGUCAUUGACCACAUUUCAGAUGUUUAAUAACCACACGUGGCAAGGGGGUUCCUGUAUUGGAUAUGCACAGAUAUGGAUCAUUGCAGAAAGUUCUAUUGCUCCAUUGUUGCAGACCUUUCUAUUGGACAGCACUCUUCAGAUGCUUAACAAGUGGAUUUUAGCUGCCUUUCAGUUUCUGAUUUACAUGAGACCUAUAACAUAGUUUAGUAAUAAUGGCUGUAGUCUGUCUUCUCUCGGAGAAAUGAAUUUGGGGCUCCAUUGUAUCAACAGAAAGAAAAUGUUGUACCUAGUUAAGGCCAGUCCUUACCUGUAAGAGGACACAUGGCCUAGGUGAUCUCUAAAGAUAUUUCUGAGAUAAUUUCCGUGAUUCUAAAUUCAAUUUGCUUUUUGGAAAAUAGACUCUAAAAUAUUGUUCUAAAAUACUCAACUAGUCACCCAGCAGAUGGCGCUGCUGCCUCACAGUCACUUAAGCAAAAAGGCUCCUUAUAAAUGACCCAUUGUAAGAUGGUUUACAACAUAGGGUCUGGAAAUUUCCAUUCAGGAACAAAAACUUUGUAGUGAUAAAUUCAUUCCGUUGACACUGGGUUUCCUUCUUCCCUUCCAGUGUACCCCAAAAUGCAAAUAUGACUCUUCAGAGCCUCACUUUCCUGCUCCUUUGUUUUCCUUCUCGAUCUGAUCACAUUGACAUUUAUAACUGCUCAGAAU